AGCAGGUUGGUGGUGAUUUGACAACUGUACCCGGAAUCAGACUGAGCCGUUAAACACUGUCAACAAUGUCCUGGCGAGAAGCUGGGAAAUAGACGGGCUCAUAGAUAAAGUUAAACAUUUACACGAUAACAAAACUAGGUUUAUCAUACAGCGGCAGACUGAACAUUUUUCACAUCGACGGCGAGAAUGUUUGUCCCAGCGGGAGGAUGAUGAAGAAGAGACCGUGGCGAGUGGUGUCAGUGUGCUUCAUUAUAGCUGCACUGUUUUGGCCCUGCAGUGGGUAUGCUGUCUGCACAGAGCCGCCCCCAGGGGCCCCCAACACGCCUGGUCAGGAAAGCAGCGCAAAUAAAGACCCAGGGAAGAGCUUACAUCAUCUCCAGGUUGAGUUGGCCUUGGUGCCACAUAUCCAGUCCCUGUCUGAGGACAACCUGCUGACAGAGGAAGAGCCUGAAGAUGAAGACGAGAAGAUGGAAUUGGCCUUUAUAGAGGACCGGAAACAGGUAGAGGAACGGGCCUGGGAGUUGCAGGAGCUGGUGACUGAGCCCGAGCCAGUUAUAGAGCAGCUGAUUCUGGAAGCUUCCAACGCCCAGGACCAGGAACCCUCUCCCACCUCUGACCUCCCCCCUCCCCCCUCUGUUCCUGUGUCGGAGGAGCCUUCCACCCCCCCUUCAGCACAGGACUCCGCCUCCUCUGACAUCGUGUCCGGUGAUGUUGUGGAUGAUGCGCCUUUACGUGAACACAGCGAUGCCGGCUCGGCUGACUGUGACCUCUCCAGUGUUCCUGUGGUCUUGGAGAACACGUCCAAUGUCCACGGUGGUGGGACCAAGAGCCACGUGGAGCCGGCACUAGUCCAGAGCAGCCAGGACGCUUCAGCUCUGGGAUCCAAUACAUCCCAUCUGCUGGAAGAACAGGGCUUGAGCUCUCACGUUCCCACGGAGACGGAUCCCAGCGUGGCCCCCAAGGACCCCGAGGACAUCCCAACGUUUGACGAGUGGAAAAGGAAGAUGAUGGAGGUGGAGAAGGAGAAGAUCCAGGCCACUCACACCUCCUCCAGUGGGGCCUCCCGUGCUGUGAAGAAGAUUCAGAAGAACUUCAACAACUAUGCCUCGGUGGAGUGUGGGGCCAAGAUCCUAGGGGCGAACCCAGAGGCUAAGAGCACCUGUGCUAUAUUGAUGGAGAACAUGGACUUGUACAUGCUGAACCCCUGUAGCAACAAGAUCUGGUUUGUCAUCGAGCUCUGCGAGCCUAUCCAGGUGAAGCGUUUGGACAUCGCUAACUUUGAGCUCUUCUCCUCCACGCCCAAAGACUUCCUGGUCUCCAUCAGUGACAGGUACCCCACCAACAAGUGGCUGAAGCUGGGGACCUUUCACGGUCGGGACGAACGCACGGUCCAGAGCUUUCCGUUGGACGAGCACCUGUAUGCUAAAUACGUCAAGAUGUUCACCAAGUACAUCAAGGUGGAGCUGCUGUCCCACUUUGGCUCGGAGCACUUCUGUCCUCUCAGUCUCAUAAGGGUGUUUGGAACCAGCAUGGUGGAGGAGUACGAGGAGAUAGCCGAACCCUCUGAGAGACCAGAUGACCAAGACGACUACUUCGAUUACCCACCUGGCUAUGUACCCCAAGAAGCCAAGUCAUCCAACAACCUGAUUGGAUCAGCCACUGACGUCCUCCUGAACAUGGUGAACAACAUCGCGGACGUUCUCGGGGCAGGCGCCACAUUGGACGGCAACUUUACAGGCCAGACUGUCAACGUGACGGACUCAUCCAUCUCAUCCCAGUUGGACCCUGAGGUCAUCCUCACCCCUGUGCCAGACAUCAAAGAGCUGGACCAACGUGUUAUCCAGGUGGACCCCGAUGCCCCUGUCCCAGAAUCCCCUGCUGUAGACCCCCUCGUUCCUGAGGAGCCCCCCACAGAGCCCCCCCAGCUCGAGCCGCCGCCUGAGGGGGACAUGGUCGUCACUUGGAUGGAGGAAGAGGAGGCUGACCCGCCCCAGCCCACUAUCACCCUGCUGGACAGGGAGGAGGAGGAGGAGGAUGAGGAGAGGACUAAGGAGAGGGAGAGGGCGAAGCAGGAGAGUCAGGACUACUGUGGGCUAUCCUCCUCCUGCUCCUCCUCUAUCCAGGAGUACCUCCACCAGCGGUGUUUGGCUCUUUCGGCCCCACGUAGGAACCCCGGCGAGACAGAAAGGACUCCAGAGCCCCCCCCACACACCUACACUCCUGCCUGGCUGCUGCCCCUCACCCCCCCUGUCUCUGACACUCCCAAGCAGCCAGCCUCCCAGGAGCCGCAGCCUGAAGAGGCUCCGCUUGAGCAGGGCGAUGGGGGAGCAGGCUCCACGGAGGCUCCACAGCCCCCAGCGGAGCAGGGAGAGGCCAGGCCUGAGCCAGCUCAGCUUGAGCCCAGCCUGGCCGGGACCAGCUGCUCAGACACCCCCGCCUCCAAGCCCACCCUGGGUUUGGAAAUGCCCCAAACCUCCACCCUUGAUGUGCAGGCCCUCCUAGAGAGGGGCCAGGAGGGGCAGGUUGAGGGCAGACCCACCCCCACCAUGAGCACCUCCAGCAGCAGGGCCCCAGAGGACCAGACCUGGGGACCCCCCACAGAGGAGAUGCCCGUCCCGGAGGGGGCUGACCUCCAGGAGCCAGAAGCUCCUCCACACCCCCUCGACGUAGCCGAUCCCUCCCCUCCGCCCCUCCCUGCCGUCCCCCCUCAGGCAGAGCCUCCCGCCCCCCCAUCAGAGCCGGACAGCGGCAACAGCCCGCCCGAGGAUUCCCUUCCCGACUCUGACCUCACAGCCUCCCCACACACCCACACCGCCCCCCCAGAAACCAAGGGCGAGGACCCGGUGGACGACAUCCUCCUUACCUCGCCCCACGGAAGCGGGCAACCCCCUCGCCCCUCCCCCUCGUCCCACACGCCCUCCCACUCUGAGUUCUACGCCGAGCAGCACGACGUCACGGAGAAGACGGGCAGCCAGGUGCACGGCUCCGGCCAGAAGGAGUCGGUCUUCAUGAGGCUGAACAACCGCAUCAAGGCCCUGGAGAUGAACAUGUCCCUGAGCGGACGCUACCUGGAGCAGCUCAGCCAGAGGUACCGCAAGCAGAUGGAGGAGAUGCAGAGAGCUUUCAACAUGACCGUCAUCAAGCUCCAGAACACGUCCAGGAUAGCAGAGGAACAGGACCAGCGUCAGACAGAGUCCAUUCAGACCCUGCAGGGACAGCUGGAGAACAUCACCCGGUUGGUCCUCAACCUGUCUGUCAGUGUCCUCCAGCUGCAGAGCGAGGUGUCCGACAGGCAGAGCUAUCUCCUGCUGUGUCUGGUCCUGUGUCUGCUGCUGGGCCUGCUGCUGUGCUCUCACCACUGCCGGAUAUCCAGCCUGCCCCCCUCCCCCACCACCGACCCGGAGCCCCCCAGCUACAGCAGCCCAGACAGGUCUUUCUCCUCGCGGGACGACACAAGCUUCAAGAGACGGGCUUCGUACCCUCUCCUGCUCUCUGAUUCGUGCCAGUUGGCCUCCACCGAAGGUCCAGAAUCCCUGCACAUGAUGGAACCACCGACUUUUGUACCUGCUAAUAAAAAGAAGAAACGAGGUAAAGUCAAACCCAGCGAGAAGGCGGAGACUCUAAAGCCGUCGACCGUCGUCAUUUCUCCACCCGUGGCCAACGGCGCCCCUAUAUGCAACGGGGCCCCGAGGGGUGCCAACCUCAGUCGGCCUCUCCUCCUGGACUCCCCGUCCGAGGGCAGCUCCGAAGGCUCCUCCCACUCGGACGAGCCGUCCUUCUGUGGCAUCGCCACCUGCACGCGCCUCUGCGACGACCUGCCCCCGCCCAAGAGCAGGGCGGAGAGGCGGGCGGAGAGGCGGGCGUUCAAGCACCGGCGCUCCAGGCCCGGGUGUGUGGUGGUGGACCUGCUGCAGGCCCCUCGGAUGGACACCAGAGACACCACCCCCACCCUGCAGGACCUCAUGAGGGGCAACAAGGAGCUACGCUCAGGGACGUUUGGGGUCACAGCGCUGUGAGGCCCUGUUGGACUCGAUAAGGGCUCCCUUGCCUCCAUGUCCUCCCUAAAACAGACUUUUGUCAUCCCCCAUCCCCUUUGAGGGGGACAGGUACGCCUGUAUGCAAACAGGACGAUUAAAGCU